AUGGAAGCAGAAUUGCCCCCCGAGCUCAUGGCAAUGCCCCUUGGGGGGAAUGGGAGCAUCCAGCCGGAUGCAACCCUGCUGCCCCUCGGACAGGGCACGGCUAUGUUCACCAUCCGCUGUGUGAUCCCUUCGCUCUACCUGCUCAUCAUCACUGUGGGCUUGCUGGGCAACAUCACCCUCAUGAAAAUCUUCAUCUCUAACAGUGCUAUGAGGAGCGUGCCCAACAUCUUCAUCUCCAGCCUUGCUGCAGGUGAUCUGCUGCUGCUAGUGACCUGUGUGCCUGUGGAUGCCUCCCGGUAUUUCUCUGAGGAGUGGCUCUUUGGGGAGGUGGGCUGCAAGCUCAUCCCUGCCAUCCAGCUCACCUCUGUAGGCGUCUCUGUCUUCACCCUCACCGCCCUCAGUGCUGACAGGUACAAAGCAAUUGUAAAUCCCAUGGACAUCCAGACCUCCAGUGCAGUGCUAUGGACCUGUGUUAAAGCCAUUGCCAUCUGGGUAAUCUCCAUGCUCCUAGCAGUUCCUGAAGCAGUAUUCUCUGAACUGGCCCAUAUCAAUGACACAGAUAAUGCCACUUUCACGGCAUGCAUACCAUACCCCAUGACAGAUGAUAUGCACCCGAAGAUCCAUUCUGUGCUAAUUUUCCUUGUGUAUUUCCUUAUCCCCCUUGCCAUUAUUAGUAUCUACUACUACCAUAUUGCAAAGAGUUUAAUAAAAAGUGCUCACAACAUCCCUGGAGAAUACAGUGAGCAUUCCAAAAGACAGAUGGAAACUCGGAAACGUCUGGCAAAAAUAGUUCUAGUGUUUGUUGGCUUCUUUGCUAUCUGCUGGUUUCCUAACCAUGUACUAUACAUGUACCGAUCUUUCAAUUACAACGAGAUUGAUCGAUCGGUAGGACAUAUGGUUGUUACCUUAGUGGCCCGCGUGCUAAGCUUCUGCAACUCUUGCGUCAACCCAUUCGCACUGUAUUUUCUCAGUGAGAGCUUUAGAAGACAUUUCAACAACCAGCUUCGCUGCAGGAGGAAAACUCAGCAAGAGAGACCUGCCAGCUACUUGCACAAUUCUUCCGCCAUUCAAAUGACUUCCCUGAAAAGCAGUGCCAGGAACACGGUGACUAGCAUGACACAACUGAAUGGGCACAACUUGAAACAAGAAAUGUCAUUAUGAUUUAAUAGGUGUAGGU